AUGGCAGAAGGCUCUGAUAAUAAUAUGGAGAAGAGAGAGAGAGAGGCUUUGGUACUUCUCGGAUCUUCGCCGUUUGAUCUGUUCUACUCGGUUGCUUCGGCCGCGCUGUACCUCUUGCCGUUGAUAAGAGCUUUUCCACCAACGCUGGUCUUCUCUUGGCCAUCAGCCAUAGCCUCCUCCUCACCACUGACGUUGAUGGUCAAUUUGAGGUUGCUAAGGCCAUAUUCAAGUAUCAGAGUCUUAUCGAUGAAUACCAGAAAUCGCAGAAGAUUUAGCAUAGACCCUUAUGAUGUUUACUGGGCAUUUCUGAUUGGAGAAAAGCCUUGCGGGCCUGAAAUGGAAUGAGUCAACGUAUUAGACUUAAAUGGGAAGAAUUUCGCAGAUCAGGUACUUUUGAAUUUCAUUGUCGGGUUAGUUUUAGUCUACAUUAAGAAAAAUAAACAAGAAUAGAAUUGUGAUUCUCAUUCUGCAACUGAUUGUGGCUGAAAUAACACAGGAAAAAGCUCUUAAUGCAGUUUCAUCGCAAAAUGUCAUACCUGUAAAGAACUCCCAUGCUCUG